UCGCAGGGUGUGGAACGUCGGCAGUCAUGGCGCCGCCCGUGAGAUACUGUAUUCCAGGCGAACGUCUGUGCAACUUGGAGGAAGCCAGCCCGGGCAGCGGUACCUACACCCGGCACGGCUACAUUUUUUCGUCGCUUGUCGGCUGCCUGACGAAGACCAGCGAGAACGGCGCGCUUCCUGUGGUAUCUGUGAUGCGAGAAACAGAGUCUCAGUUACUGCCAGAUGUGGGAGCUAUUGUCACCUGUAAGGUCUCUAGCAUCAAUUCACGUUUUGCCAAAGUACAUAUCCUCUAUGUGGGAUCCACACCACUUAAGAAUUCUUUUCGAGGAACUAUUCGGAAAGAAGAUGUCCGAGCAACUGAAAAAGACAAGGUUGAAAUUUAUAAGAGUUUCCGUCCAGGUGACAUUGUCUUAGCUAAAGUGAUCUCCCUAGGAGAUGCACAAUCUAACUACCUGCUGACCACUGCUGAAAAUGAGCUGGGAGUGGUGGUGGCCCACAGUGAAUCAGGUGUCCAGAUGGUUCCCAUCAGCUGGUGUGAGAUGCAGUGCCCUAAGACCCACACUAAGGAAUUCCGGAAAGUGGCCCGAGUACAGCCUGAAUUCUUGCAGACUUAAGCACCUUUUACCCCAAGGAGGGGGUAAGCUAUUUCCAAGGAUACAUGCAUAA